GGAAGUUGGGAGGAGGGCUGAGCAGGCACAGUUAGCAGCCUUCACUGAGGGAAGAGGCUUGGCUCGAAGGAGUUCCAGAGAGAUAUGCCUUGCCUGAAGGUCACUGAUAGUGAUUUCCCUGUGGGGACAGGUAGGGUCACUGGCCCCGGGAACCUCCCUCGGGUAGGGCGGUUUUUUUUGUGUUAAUUGCUUACAAGUUAGUUGGAGGAUGGGCAGUGGAGCUGCUUCGGGAAGCUGUCAAUGAAAACUGAAAAUAUAAGCAAGCUAGGCAGAGGAGAAAGGAAGCGAGGAACUGCAGGCCGCUUAUCAGAGCCACGUUCACGCGGGAUGAUGCCGGGACAUGGAGAACAUGUAAGUUAAAGGAAGGUUCACUCCAAUCCUGUUUCUAAAGCUACUUUGCUCAUUUCCUGCUCUUGGAAGAUGGGCUCUUGGAAGUACAGCCUUUUUAGCCUGUCUCUUAUUGCUGCCUUGGCGUUUGUGUUUAUUUACAAUAGCAAAUUAUGGAAGAACAAUCAUUUCCCAAGGGCGUUUUCCAAUGCUUCUGUCUUAGCAGAAGUCUGUUUUCAGAUGUUUAGUGGGCAGACCUUUUAUACAGCAGACGCAGCACGGAAAACCACCCUGGAGCGCUUCACCUGUCCUGAGUACAGGGUUCAAAAUCACUACAUAACUGAAGCGCUCUCCGAAGAAGAAGCCGGCUUCCCUUUGGCUUUCACGCUGACUAUCCACAAAGAUUUCGACACCUUUGAGAGGCUCUUCAGGGCGAUUUACAUGCCCCAGAACGUCUACUGUGUGCACGUGGAUAGGAAGGCAACAGGGACCUUCAAAGAAUCUGUGCAGCAGUUACUAAACUGUUUCCCCAAUGCCUUCCUGGCCUCUAAGACAGAGCCCGUGGUCUACGGUGGCUUCUCCCGGCUGCAGGCUGACCUGAACUGCAUGAAAGAUCUGGUGGCCUCCGAGGUCCCCUGGAAAUAUGUUCUCAACACCUGCGGACAGGACUUCCCCCUGAAAACCAACAAGGAAAUAGUUCAGUACCUGAAAAGUUUUAUUGGGAAGAAUCUCACCCCAGGGGUGCUGCCUCCUGCUCAUGCAAUCAGAAGGACCAAGUAUGUCCACCGGGAGCUCUUAAAUCAUAAAAACCCCUAUGUGUACAAUACAGCAAAACUGAAAGCUCCUCCUCCUCAUAAUAUGACCAUUUACUUUGGCACAGCCUAUGUGGCCCUCACACGUGAGUUUGCUAACUUUGUCCUUGAAGACCAGCGUUCGUUGGACUUAAUAUCCUGGUCCAAGGACACCUAUAGCCCUGAUGAGCAUUUCUGGGUGACGCUCAAUAGGAUUCCUGGAGUCCCUGGUGCCAUGCCAGAUGCGUCCUGGAUGGGUAACCUCCGAGCUGUGAAGUGGAUGGAUAUGGAAGAUAAACACGGAGGCUGCCACGGUCACUACGUACAUGGCAUUUGCAUCUAUGGGAACGGAGACUUGAAGUGGCUAGUUAAUUCCGAGAGCCUCUUUGCUAACAAAUUUGAACUCAACACGUACCCUCUUACUGUGGAAUGCCUGGAACUGAGACUUCGAGAAAGGAUGCUCAAUCAGAGCGAAACUGCCAUACAGCCCAGCUGGUAUUUCUGAUCCAAAGCAGCUCUGUCCUGAAGAGAAAUGGAGGGCAUAAAGCAGAGCCUUCUUCUCCAAGAGACUCUUGCCUUGGCUAUGCUAAACGCUUUAAAAAAUAAAAAAAAAAACUGGUUUCAGGAAAACGUCAGGACUCCACUACAGGGCUAUGCUUAAAAUACCUGCUGGACAUCCUGAUACAUUGACAGGAUGGUUGGGUACAGCUGUCCUGGCAUUUUAGCCAUGCUGGCCAUUUCUUUUGAAUGUCUUUUCUUUUCUCUUCCCCUUCUUCCUCCUCGUCUCCUCUUUUUAAAAGAUAGGUAGGGGUAUUGCUAUGUGUCUCUGGCUGGCCUGGUUCUUGCCAGAUGGCCCAAGAUGGCCUUGAACUCUCGUCAGUCUUCCCACCUUGGCCUCUUAAGUGCUGCUGCUACACGUGUGUAUGACCACACUGGCUCUGAUGUCUGGCAGCCACUUGAUACUGGUCUCCACCUUAGUCUAUGGCAGUGGUUGAUUAUAAAUUUAAAUGCAUCGGAUCUCUGUGCCAGAUGCUCAUAUUAAUAAGUAUAUCCUGUUAGAAAGGAGAAUGGUGGGUAAUACUGUCUAUGAAAGUCAAAACUUGGCUUAUUUGAGAAGGGAAGCUUUCAUACCAUAAAAUUCCUAGCAACUAUGUACUCAGCCACACGUAGGCACAAGACAAACUCCUAGUAACUCACCCAUUUAUUUAAUCAUGAACCGAUCUUUACGGGCUGUGAAACUACAUAGUUCAGUAGUGUCCAAGCAUUUGGCUGACAUUUGUGCAGACUUGGGCUCCGUGUCCAGCAUCUUAAGCAGGUCUUGUGAACACUGACGCUUUCAGUUUACUUGUGUCUAAAGUACUUCGUACAGUACAAAGCCAUUAGCUAACAAGCAACCGACAACGUGCCGUAAGACAGGAUGUGCCUACAGGAAGAAGAUCUCAGGGAUGCCAGACAUUCCAUGUUCUACUCCAGAAUGUUCUCUUUCCCACUGAGAACACUGAAACAUCCUCACAGGAAUGAAGGAAUUCUUUCUUUCCCACAGGAAAGGUGCUAUUGCGUGGGUCUGGAAUCUGUAAAUGACUCACUUCUGGGGUUCGGUUUCUAUGUGAGAGACAGGGACCCAGUUCUGUUGUACACAGCUUUAACCACACCAGGACAGCCUCCAGGUAGCUUGCAAUGAUUGGUGCUGACAGGAGCACCUGGAGUAAGCCUUUGAUUGUAAGUGGACAUCUGUGUCGCUUUUCACUUGUUCACUUGGUCAUUCCUCCAUCCAUGCGUUCAGCCUGC